AUGAAGGUUGGUUUAUGGGGAAGCGUAAUUUCACAAGGUAACCUCGAACAAGAAUUCUCUGAAAUCUCUCGAGCUCUCCCCCAUCAUCGUUUCGUUGCCUUGGACACUGAGUUCCCAAGCCACAUCUUCCCUGCUCCCUGCCGUAGUCAUUCUAAACUGUCUCCCGCUGAGAAUUACCUAUCCAUGAAGCGCAACGUUGAUUCUACUAAGAUUAUUCAACUAGGUCUGGCUCUGUGCGAUGCCAACGGGGAUUCUUGCUCUGUGUGGCAGUUCAAUUUCAGGGACUUCAACAAGGAGACUGAUCUUUUCAAUCUGGACUCUAUAGCAUUACUGGAGCUAUUCAUAAAUUCUGGUCUCUUAAGAAAUUCGACCAUCACUUAG